AUGGCACAUAUCCUAAGUGAAGAACAAAUUGUUGAUUUCAAAGAAGCCUUUGGUUUGUUUGACAAAGAUGGAGAUGGUUGCAUUACUGUGGAAGAAUUGGCCACUGUUAUUAGGUCACUGGAUCAGAAUCCAACUGAGGAAGAGCUACAAGAUAUGAUAAGUGAAGUUGAUGCAGAUGGCAAUGGAACCAUUGAGUUUGAUGAGUUCUUGAACUUGAUGGCAAGGAAAAUGAAAGACACUGAUGCAGAAGAGGAGCUAAGAGAGGCUUUCAAGGUUUUUGAUAAAGAUCAAAAUGGCUAUAUAUCUGCCAGUGAGUUGAGACAUGUAAUGAUGAAUCUAGGUGAAAAAUUAAGUGAUGAGGAGGUGAAGCAGAUGAUUAAAGAAGCAGAUAUGGAUGGUGAUGGUCAAGUUGACUAUGAUGAAUUUGUGAAGAUGAUGAUGGCCAUUAGAUGA